AUGCCUGGACUUAAUUCUCAUACUUCGCCAUUUCCAGCACAUGACCUUGCAUUUCCAGUGCAUGACCUUGAGUUUCCAACACCUGGACUUGAGCCUCCACAUGCAGCUCCUCCACUUACUCUUGCAUCGGGGUUUCAACCACCGCUACGGCGUACCACCACUCGGCCUAGUUAUCUUCAGCAGUAUCAUAUUAACAUAAAAUUACCUUCCAUGUCUCUCCCAUCAUCUAACUCAGCAUCGAUUGAACCCCAAGGUACCAAACAUCCUAUAUCUCUCAUGUCCUUACAUAUGAUCACUUGUCACAACACCAUCGCGUUUUUAGUGCUUCUCUUUCAGCAGUCAAAGAACCCAUCUCUUUUGUUCAAGCAGCUCAUAACCCUCAAUGUCGUCAUGUCAUGGCACAAGAAUUGA